AUGGCAACCGCGACGACUUUCUCGACCGAUCCAGCCCUCUGGAUCUUCACCUCCCUGACCGCCGGCUCCUCUCACAUUGUCACCGCGACCUCCCGUCUCGAGACGAUCCUCCGCGCCAACCGUGUCCCCUUCAAGGCCAUCGACAUCGCGACCGAUGAGAAGGCCCGUAUGCUCUGGGGCCGCCGCGCCGGCAAAGAUGCAUCCGGCCGCGUGAGAAGACUUCCGGGCCUGAUUCAAGAGGGCUUGGUGCUCGGCGACCUCACCGAAAUCGAAGAGUGGAACGAGUACGGCGAAUUGAAGCAGCAUGUCAAGAUCUACUACGACGAGUUCACCAUCCCAAAUAUCCACAACAAGCCCAAGAUUAUCAAGAAGGUCAUCAAGAAGAAGGUCCCAGCCGCCGGAGCAGAAGGCGAGCCAUCCACCUCGGGCCCUGCACCCCCUGCACCCCCGGCCGCUCCACCCCUGCCAAAGAACGAGACCUACAACGCCGCUUCAAAGCCCGCUGCCGACCCGAAGCCUGCAGCAAGCGGCAGUUCGACCGCGCUCCCCGUGCGCUCCAUCGCCGACGAAGCAGCCGCGAAGGCUAAGCAACUCCGCCUGCAAUCGCUGCGCGAGAAGGUUCACGGCAAGAAGGACGAGAAGGCCGAAGAGAAGAAGGUCGAAGGCGCGAGCGCUGCUACCGCGUCAGCUGAGACUCCCGCCGAGCCCGAAAAGAAAGCAGAGACCCCAGCCGCCGACGCCACAGAAGAUGCGCCCCGAAAAGCCUCCGUAGCCAGUACUGGCAGUGUUUCCUCGGCCGCCAAGGCAGGCCUCCAGUCUCCGACCACAGGAUCCUGGGGCGCCUCAACCACCAACCCCGACGCCCUUCGCGAGACACUGCAAUCACCGACAACGGCCCGGUGGAAGCCGUCGGACGUCGACAAGCCCGUCACGUCACACAUGGGCGCCCAGGUGGCUUCCGCGUCGCAGGAGGCAAUUGCAGCCGUUGAGAAGGCCGAGGCGAUCAAGGAGGAGCCCGAGAAGGAGUCGUCAUCUGAGGAAUCAUCCGAAGAGGAAGAGGCUACAAAGCCACCCAUCGUGAAGGAGGUGUCGCAAGAGAAGAUUGCCGAGGUGGAGAAGGCGCAAGUGAUCAAGGAGGAGCCCGAGAAGGAGGAAGAGGAGGAAAGCGACGACGACAGCGAUGAGAGUGAGGAAAGCGAGGAGGAGACAAAGAAGGUUGAGGCACCCAAAGAGGCGCCCAAGGAGGUGGCGAAGGAAGAAGCCAAGGAGGCGUCCAAGGAAGACGUCAAGGAGGCGCCUAAGGAAGAAGUUAAGGGAGCGCCUCAGGAAGCACCCAAGUCCGAGCCAAAGACUGAAGCAAAGGUUGAGCCAGAGGUUGAGCCAGAAGCUGAGCCAAAGGCAGAGGGAAAGGCAGAGGAGAAGGCGGAGACGACAGAGAAGUAA